AGACCUAACUCUACCUCCCCUCUCUCGAGCUCCAUUCACAUUACACAACUAAAACGAGCUUCUUCCUCUCUCCGUCCAUGAGCUUCUUCCUCUCUCCGUCCACGAGCUUCUUCCACCGCUGCCGCUAUAGCUCGCGUUGCAUGAUCUCUCUUUGUCAUCCCUUGCGUUGCACGAGCUCCCUCCUUGUGGUUCUGUUGCUUAGGUUUCUAUCACAUGCUGGUAUCUCGAAACUGAUGGUAAUUGAUGUAUUAGUUAGCCUCUUCUGUUGUUCUAUUAUAUCUGCAGAGACGCUGUGGGAUGGUGGUUGGCUUCUAUGCCAGUUGCUUCCUUACAGUGAGUCAGAGUUCAACAGCAACCACCUUAAGAUGGUGUUUUUCUCUUAAUAUGCCA